UACGAAGCAAGUGUAACACUAACAGCAUAGCUGGUCUCUUUCUCUGGGUAAAAGACUGAAUGCAGGAAGAGGCUGGUGGUGGCGAUUGAAGAAGGCAGAGCAAAAUGCGGGGUUAUGUUCCCGUGUUGCUGGCGUUAGCCACCGUGGUGGCGUGCGGCGGUUUGGCGGGGACUAUUCUUCCUCUGGAACGAGCCAUUCCUCUGAACCAAAGAGUGGAACUGGAGGCGCUCAGAGCUCGCGACAGAGCACGCCACGCUCGAAUCUUGCAAGCCGUGCCUGCUGGCGUUAUUGACUUCUCCGUCCAAGGAACCUCCGAUCCUUACUCCGUUGGGUACGGGUUGUAUUUCACGAAAGUGAAGUUGGGAUCUCCUGCAAAAGAGUUUAACGUUCAGAUUGAUACGGGAAGUGACAUCUUGUGGCUAAAUUGCAUUACUUGCAGUAAUUGCCCGCAAUCUAGUGGGUUGGGGAUUCAGCUCAAUUUCUUUGACACAGCUGGCUCAUCCACUGCUGCACUUGUUUCCUGUGAAGACCCGGUGUGUUCUUAUGCGGCUCAACUUCAAACUGCAACAAGUGAAUGCUCUUCUCAGGCUAAUCAGUGCAGCUACACUUUUCAGUAUGGGGAUGGAAGUGGGACAACUGGUUAUUAUGUUUCUGAUACAAUGUAUUUUGACAUGAUCCUGGGACAGAAUUUGUUUUCUAACUCUUCACCUGGCAUUGUCUUUGGGUGUAGCACCUAUCAGUCUGGGGAUUUGACCAAGACAGAUAAAGCAGUUGAUGGAAUUUUUGGGUUUGGCCCCGGUGCUCUAUCUGUUAUAUCACAAUUGUCAUCACGGGGAGUAACACCCAAAGUAUUCUCUCAUUGCUUAAAAGGAGAAGAAAAUGGAGGAGGCGUACUAGUUUUUGGUGAAAUUUUGGAGCCAAGUAUUGUUUAUAGUCCACUUGUCCCAUCACAGCCUCAUUACAACUUAAAUCUUCAGAGCAUUGCUGUCAAUGGACAACUUCUCUCAAUUGAUCCAAAUGUAUUUGCAACAGCCAACAAUCGAGGAACUAUAGUGGACUCUGGCACAACGUUGGCAUACCUCGUUCAAGAAGCUUAUGAUCCUUUUGUCAGGGCUAUAACCGAUGCUGUGUUACAGUUUUCGAAACCCAUAACAUCAAAAGGCAACCCGUGCUAUCUGGUAUCAAACAGCGUAGGUGAUAUAUUUCCUCAAGUCAGUUUAAACUUUAUGGGUGGAGCAUCUAUGGUUUUAAAUCCAGAACAUUACCUCAUGCAUUAUGGUUUCCUUGAUGGUGCUGCAAUGUGGUGCAUUGGCUUCCAAAAAGUAGAGGAGGGAUUCUCAAUUUUAGGAGAUCUUGUCCUAAAAGAUAAGAUAUUUGUAUAUGACUUGGAAAAUCAACGAAUUGGAUGGGCAAAUUAUGAUUGUUCCUUGUCUGUUAACGUCACUGUGGCUACGAGCAAGAGCAAGGAUGCAUACAUCAACAAUUCAGGGCAGAUGAAUGUGAGCUGCUCCCACAUAGGCACUUUCUCCAAGUUGCUAGCUGUAGGCAUUGCUGUUUUCCUUGUGCACAUAAUAGUUUUCAUGGGGUCCUAAUUUCUGUAAACCACAUCCAAGAAUCAAAGCUCUCAUUCUUUGAAACUUACUAGGGUUGGCCGAAGUUUUAUUUAUUAUCGGCAUUCCCUUAUGUUGAAACGGGUGGUGGUCUGCUCUGUAUUUAAUCUCAUUGGUAUCUUUCCAUGUUAAUGAGAGGAUCUCAUUGUAAAGGGGAACUGCCAUAUUUGUAUAUCUCUGGAAAUUGUACUAUUUAUAAACUGAUCUGACUACAUCAAACAGUUUACUUGUGAUUUU